CGCGCGGCGCGGGGGCUGCCGGGAGCCGGGGCGGCCGCGGCCAUGCUGCUCUUCUGCCCGGGCUGCGGGAACGGGCUCAUCGUUGAGGAGGGGCAGCGCUGCCACCGCUUCGCCUGCAACACGUGCCCCUACGUGCACAACAUCACCCGCAAGGUAACAAAUCGGAAGUACCCGAAGCUGAAGGAAGUGGAUGAUGUGCUUGGUGGAGCAGCUGCCUGGGAGAACGUCGACUCUACUGCAGAGCCGUGUCCCAAAUGCGAACAUCCUCGAGCCUAUUUCAUGCAGCUGCAGACCCGCUCUGCUGACGAGCCGAUGACCACUUUCUACAAGUGCUGCAGUGCCCAGUGUGGGCACCGCUGGAGGGACUAGGCUGGGCUGGUCCCGCUGCAGCAGGGUCUGCUCACCCGUCCCCAGGAUCCCAUCCAGGAGUGUGAACUGUGUGUCCUGAGGGUCUUUGCUGGUGUGGCGGAAAGCUAACCCUUUCGGGGGGGCCGACCCAGGGUGUCAGGAAAUGCAGCCCGUCUGCCAAGCAGGCGUGAACUCAUUACUGUCCUGGGGCUUUCGUGUGUGGGGAGGAUGUCCCUAACUGAGUGCACUUUGCUGAAGAUCCUGUUCGUUCAUCCUUUUUAUUUGUCAACAUUCACCAUCCAAACAACACUCUUAAAUAGCUACACUGUUUGCACAACUAAGAAAGGAAAACAUUAAUUUAGUUCACCAGAUGUCGCUAAAUAUUUAACUGUUAAAUGCAAACUUAUUUAAUCAAAGUUUAUUCUGAAUAUUUGAUUAAAAUGAAAAGUCUAA